AUGCCGGCGGAGAGGAAAGGCAAGAGGCGUGCCAGGAAAACGCUCGAUCCCAUCGCCCUCGAGCGAGCCCGCGUCGAGGAGGCAGAGCAGCGUCGACGGCAAGAGGCGAUGCUUAUUGCCCGCCUACAAGAGCUAAAGUCGGAGGAAGAGGCCAUGACGCUGCAGGCCACCAGCGCUGUUGAGGCACGCUGGUUGGUGUUUCUGCGUGAGUGCAAACGCAAGGAGCUUGUCACCGAGAUCGAGAUUGUGCGACGCGCCUUCGAGACGGCCAUUGACCGAAAGAAUGCCGUGAUUGAGAUGCUCUUCACUGACCUCGAAGAGGGGGAGGAGCAGCAUCGCCUCGCUUUCCAGUCACACAUGGAGGCAGUCGACGGGCUCACUCAGAUGCAGAGUAAGCGCAUGGCGGAUCUCGAGACGGAGUUCGAGGCGGACCUCCUCGAGAUGAAGGGCGACUACGAGAAGGAGAUGAUGGAGUUGACGCGCAAGCACGAGCACGAGGUGGCGGAUCUCAAGCUCAUCCUGGAGAACAUGGCGACGGAGGCGGAACAACUGGAGAAGGAGCUGCAGGAAAACACAUCAGAGGCACAUGACACGGCGCUAGAGAAAAUGGAAGAGGAACGGAAGCAGAUGCAGAACGACCUCAUACGAGCGAGUGAGUUUAUUCGAGCCGAGCUGGAUGCGCGAUACAAGGAGUUCAUGACGACAGCACAGGUCAACAUGAAGGAUUAUAUGGACAAGUCCAAAGAGGACGCGGAGACCACGGAGCGUAUUGCCUCACAGUUGAAACGUAUUGAGAAGCUGCAGGAAAACGUGACCUCGUGGCGGACAAAUCUGGCGCGAAACGCAAAGGAGUGGGAGAAGAAGAACUCCGCCAUCCAGCAGGAGCGCGACGCCACCAUUCGGCACCUGAAGGCGCUCAAGAACAAGAUGCAGAACUGGAGGAGCAAGGAGGCGUCUCGCCUUGCCAAAUUCAUCAAGAAUGCCAAGGAAUGUGAGGAUCACCUCCGAAACGUGGAGAGUCGGGCUGAAAAAAUCCUGCGUUUAGUGGAGCUAAGCAAACCGCUCGAGACGGAACGUGAGCAGGUGCUGUCAUUCGAGUCGAACAUUGCGACAAGCGAGAUCGAGGAGGAGGUAAAGCGACUCAUCACCAAUGGCAACGUGGCGGAGUCGCGCGACGAGGCAGCGGCGCCCGACGGCGCGGCCUUCUCUGAGGAGUGGCGCCUGCUGGAGUGCUUCUGGACCAAGCACAACAAGGUGGUGCUCGACAGCGCCGCCAUCUCACAGGAGAAGUAUCACCUCGAGGAGGAGAACAAAAAGCUGCAGGUGCUACUCAAGCAAUACCUCAAUGAAAUUAGUGUCAGUGAUGCCGUGAUGCGGGCGCCCAACACGCUUCUGCUGACGAGCAAAGCUCCUAAUGUGGUGGAGGCUGCCAAGCAGUCCGCGCAGCCCAGGCGCGGCUACAACACAGUGAUAGAGGGCACCAAGUUCGUCCGCGAUGUAACGAAGCAGGUGGCAUUUCGCUGA